AGUAGCUUUGACCUGAAGAAUACUGUUGUAAAUAUGCUUCACAUCCACUUAACUUACUCUUUUUUAGUAAACUAUACAAAAUUUCCUUCAAAGGCAAACGGACAUCUAUCUCAACAAUGAUGUUCAGCUUGAUGCUGGUCCUACUGGUCCCCGUGGCGGUACAGUCCUCCCUGCAUCCAGUGGACUGUAACGAGGUGUACCAAUCAGGUUCUGGACAGAAUGGGGUUUACACUAUUUAUCCUGCAGGAUCCACCUCACCUGUCCAGGUGUUCUGUGAGAUGUCGAUGGACAGUGCAUAUCCAGGAAAGUGGACGGUGAUUCAGAAAAGACAGGAUGGAUCAGUGAACUUCCACAGGAAGUGGAAUGAGUACAAGAGUGGGUUUGGGAGCGCAGCUGGAGAGUACUGGCUGGGACUGGAGACGAUGCAUCUCCUGACUAUGAGAAAGACCUAUGAGCUGAGAGUGGACAUGGAGGACUUUGAGGGGAAGAAGGUCUAUGCUCAGUACUCCUCCUUCUCUGUUGGACCAGAGGCUGAAGGGUACCCUCUAAAGCUGGGUUCAUUCAAAGAUGGAGGAGCAGGAGAUUCCAUGACUCAUCACAGUGGUCAGAAAUUUACAACGUUAGAUAAAGACCAGGACCUUAACGACAGCAACUGUGGCCAGUUGUACUACGGGGGAUUUUGGUACAACAACUGCCAUUGGACUAAUCCCAAUGGGAUAUACGCGUGGGGGGAGUCUGCCUAUGGUGUUGGUAUCAACUGGAGAACAUGGAAAGACUUCACAUACUCCCUGAAAACAAUUACCAUGAAGAUCAGACCAGCCACUGGAUAGAAGGGAAACACCUUAACUUAUAACCAUCUCUAUUUUCCAACAGCAUUUUUAAAUCAACAUUUUUAAUAACAAUGAUUGCCAUACAAACAUAUUUCCACCACUUGCACACAUUACGUUUACCUGGGAGGGGGUCUUUAUUUCUAGGUAAGGUUUGUGUUUGUGUCUUCAGAGAGAAUUAGUGGGUGAUGCAGGACCCAGAACAUCAUCUGAUCUACAAAAAAGUGCAGCUUUGCUAUAGCAACAGAACCUGAUGUCACGGGUGUCGUAGGGUGUAGACCAAAACGCAGCGGGAAAAUGUAUACUCAUCUUCUUUUUAUUAGUGAAGAAGGAAAAACACAAACAACGUAUACAAAAAAAACUAACGAACUAGACAGUCUCGCCAGGCAAACAGAAAAACAAGAAACAAUCUCCCACAAUUCCCAAAACAAACAAACUCCUAAAUAUAGGACCUUCAAUCAGAGGCAACGAUAGACAGCUGCCUCCAAUUGAAGGCCCCAAUCCCCAUUACUAAAACAUAGAAAUACAAACGCUUAGACAGAACAUAGAAAUAAACUAACAUAGAACGAUAACCCAAAAACCACGGAAUACAUAAAUCAGAUUCCCCUCUACAUGAACACAUACUCAAACACACCCUGAACCACAUAAAACAAAUACCCUCUGCCACAGCCUGACCAAACUAUAAGAACAAAUAACCCCGUUACUGGUCAGGACGUGAAACCUGACUGCAGUGGGGACGAUGUGACUCCUACCCAUCCUCUAACUCUCUGUUUCAUACCCUAACCCACUGUCUGUCCGUAUCACACCGUAACUUACUGUCUGUCUGUUUCCUACCCUAACCCACUAUCUGUCUGUAUCAUACCCUAACCCACUGUCUGUCUGUAUCAUACCCUAACCCACUGUCUGUCUGUUUCAUACCCUAACCCACUGUCUGUCUGUAUCAUACCCUAACCCACUGUCUGUCUGUUUCCUACCCUAACCCACUGUCUGUUUCAAACCUUACCCCACUGUCUGUCUGUUUCCUACCCUAACCCACUGUCUGUCUGUUUCCUACCCUAACACACUGUCUGUCUGUUUCCUACCCUAACACACUGUCUGUCUGUUUCCUACCCUAACCCACUGUCUGUUUCCUACCCUAACCCACUUGUAGAAAAAGCCCAUGGAGUUGGUGGAAUAAUCCUUUAAUUCAUUGCCACUUACUCAGCUGGGCCAGGGGCGCUUUAAUUAGGUCAGGUGGAAAUGUCUGACAGAUCUCCACUCCAUUAAAGGAGGAAAUCACCAUCGCCUGAUCGCGCUGCUUUCUCUUCCUUCACUUUGUCAAAUCCAGAAGUUCUGUGCGUCCAUGAAUCCACGUAAGUCCACCGACUCUGUUACCUUUCAUCUGAACUAUCUGUUGCGAUCGGGAGAGUGGGCCAUCAGUUGUUGUUUUAAGUUAUUAUCGCGUGGCUUGGAGCGCACGCUUCAAACAUUUUGUCUAAUGUGAAUGGUCAAUGAUUCCGGCCCUACGGAUCAUAAUAGGACAAUUAUGCAAUUGGUAUAGUUAAUAUGUAAUGAAAUUCCGUGUACACAUGAAGACACUUGAAAGGGUGAAAUAAGUAAUUGUUUGUUGAACUGAUCGGCUCUGAUAUCCAACUAAUGGCGAUUUAUAGAUUGAAUAACCGAUCACUGUUUGUAUUAUUCUUUCAUGAUUUAAAAUAAAUAGUUACGAGCCUAAAUUACUCA